UCUGCAGGACUCCGCUCACCACGCCUCGGUACGGUAACUUCGUCAGCCAUAUUGACUGUCUGUACCUCUUCUCCGGUGCUGGGAGCCUGGCGGAGGACUCUCCACCGCUCAAGCCCGUAUCACAACACGCUGUCGGUGCGCACCGUGUCCGGUAAACAGCGCAGAGGACGGGAAGGUGAAGCGCUCUAUUUUUACUCGCUGUGGAUAUAUAAAGCCGUGCAGCCAGCUGGAGGGGGUGACAGUUGGACACAUCCUCAGCGCAGCCAGGCGUUAGAGGUGCUGGUGCCCCGGAGAGAGGCAGGAAGACGGAGGACGAAUUCUUUCUGUUUUCUCAGCAACAGGGGACGGGCGGAGAAAGGAGAAAGAUGCCCAAACCAAUCAAUGUGCGCGUCACCACCAUGGACGCUGAGCUGGAGUUUGCCAUCCAGCCCAACACGACAGGCAAACAGCUCUUUGACCAGGUGGUGAAGACGGUGGGUCUGAGGGAGGUCUGGUUCUUCGGCCUGCAGUACACAGACAGUAAAGGCUACAUCACGUGGCUCAAGCUCAACAAGAAGGUGACCCAGCAGGAUGUGAAGAAGGAGAAUCCUCUGCAGUUCAAGUUCAGAGCAAAGUUCUUCCCAGAAGAUGUUUCUGAGGAACUCAUCCAGGAGAUCACACAGAAGCUCUUCUUCCUGCAGGUGAAGGAGGCCAUCCUGAAUGAUGAGAACUACUGUCCCCCAGAGACCGCCGUGCUGCUGGCCUCCUACGCUGUCCAGGCCAAGUACGGGGAUUACAACAAAGAUCUUCACAAGCCCGGCUACCUGGCCUCCGACCGGCUACUGCCUCAACGCGUUCUGGAGCAACACAAGCUCACAAAGGAGCAGUGGGAGGACAGAAUACAGACGUGGCAUGAGGAGCACAGGAGCAUGCUCAGGGAGGAUGCAAUGAUGGAGUAUCUGAAGAUCGCUCAGGACCUGGAGAUGUACGGUGUCAACUACUUUGAAAUUAAGAACAAGAAGGGCACAGAACUGUGGCUCGGGGUCGACGCUCUGGGGCUCAACAUCUACGAGCACGAAGACAAGUUGUCACCAAAGAUCGGCUUCCCCUGGAGUGAGAUCAGAAACAUUUCCUUCAACGACAAGAAGUUUGUCAUCAAGCCCAUUGACAAGAAAGCUCCAGACUUUGUAUUUUACGCUCCUCGGUUGCGGAUCAACAAGCGCAUCCUGGCGUUAUGUAUGGGAAACCACGAGCUGUACAUGAGGAGGAGGAAGCCCGACACCAUCGAGGUGCAGCAGAUGAAGGCUCAGGCCAGAGAGGAGAAGCACCACAAACAGAUGGAGAGAGCACAGCUGGAGAACGAGAAGAAGAAGCGCGAGAUCGCGGAGAAGGAGAAGGAUCGGAUAGAGCGAGAGAAGAACGAGCUGAUGGAGAGGCUGAGGCAGAUCGAAGACCAGACGCAGAGAGCUCAGAAAGAGCUGGAGGAGCAGACUCGCAGGGCGCUGGAGCUGGAGCAGGAGAGGAAGCGGGCGAAGGAGGAGGCAGAGCGGCUGGAGAAGGAGAGGCAGGCGGCGGAGGAGGCCAAGGCAGCGCUGGCUCAGCAGGCUGCCGACCAGAUGAAGACUCAGGAACAACUGGCGGCUGAGUUAGCAGAGUUCACUGCCAAAAUCGCUCUGCUGGAGGAAGCCAAGAGGAAAAAAGAAGAUGAAGCAACAGAAUGGCAACACAAGGCUCUGUCAGCACAAGACGACCUGGAGAAGACCAGGGAGGAGCUGAAGACGGCCAUGACGUCUCCGCCGGCGCCAGAACACGACGAGGAGGACGAAACGAACGCCGAGGCGAGCGCCGAGCUCCUCAGUGACGGCAUCAGCAGCCAGCGCAGCGAAGAGGAGCGCAUCACCGAGGCGCAGAAGAACGAACGUGUCAAGAAACAGCUACAGGCUCUGAGCUCAGAGUUGGCCGAGGCUCGUGAUGACACCAAGAAAACGCAGAACGACAUGCUGCACGCCGAGAACGUCAGGGCGGGCAGAGACAAGUACAAAACCCUGCGCCAGAUCCGCCAGGGCAACACCAAGCAGCGCAUUGAUGAGUUUGAGUCCAUGUGAGCCAGGACGACGGGUGGACACAGCGAUGAAAAAGAGACAGUUAGUCUCGUUGCCAUGUCAACGCCUCACUUUCCUUGUAAAGCCCAAAACCUGCUGCCACCCCAGGAACUCCUGCUUUUUUUAAUCCAUUCAGGAGAACGACCGGCUCACGGGCUUCGUAGCUUCAGCCUCGCCAAAGCUCUGCAUAGCAGCGGUUGGCCAAUCACACUGCUACCUGCUUUUUAGAGCUCCGCCCCCGCCCCAACGAAGCACACGUCCUUUAAUCUGUCGGAAAAAUAGCAAGCGACAUAUUCUGUCACCAACCUGGACUUCUCCUUUCUACAGUACUGACAGUUUUAAUGCUUGUGUGCAUGAUAAUGAAACAACAGGACCGAAACGAGAGAACGGGUUGAUAUCAUGCUUUUACUCAACAAAAUAAAACGGCCAUUUGUAGCUUGUUGAUGUUGCCGGCACGCUUGUCUGUAAUGCUUUAACAUCUGUACCUUACUUUUACGUCUUAUGUCAUCAGUUGAAGAAUUUAAAUAAUUUGUUUAAAAAAAGAAACGCCUUAUUUGUCUCAUUUCCCUCCGGUCUAGUAUUACUCUUUGUCAUGUUGUGUUGGGACGUUCUCCUGUUCAGUUCUGCUCUCGGUGUCAUUGAUCUGUUCAUGUUGCAUCAGCUAACUCCUCUUCAGUUUGCUCUCUCUGAGACACACGAGCAGCAGAUAUGCAAACUAGAUUUGCUUAUUUUACAUUCUUACUGUGCUGGCAAUCUCCAUCCACUGAGACAUGUGUUCAAAUAUAUAUUUUGCCCCACAAUAAAGAAUGAAUUUAUAUUUCC